CCCAAACGAAGAGGUUGACCCGCAUUCAGACGAGGUUCCUCGAAACCGAACCCGAAACCGAAACCGAAACCGAAACCGAACCCGACCCCGAACAAUCCCAUCCUGAAAUAUACCAACAGAGUGUGCCAUUGUAGGUUUCGUGUUGGUAUCAAAAUUCAGGAACCCUAACAGGGGGAAAAACCAAAGCUCGAGUCUUGCGAUGGCCAAAAGUUCCUUCAAGCUCGAACAUCCUUUGGAGAGGAGGCAAGCUGAAGCUGCUCGCAUCAGGGAGAAAUACCCUGAUAGAAUUCCAGUGAUUGUGGAGAGGGCGGAAAGGAGUGAUAUUCCUGACAUUGAUAAGAAGAAAUACCUUGUGCCUGCUGACUUGACUGCCGGCCAGUUUGUUUACGUUGUCCGUAAAAGGAUCAAGCUUAGUGCUGAAAAGGCCAUAUUUAUCUUUGUUAAGAACACUCUCCCUCCUACUGCUGCUUUGAUGUCUGCAAUCUAUGAGGAGAACAAAGAUGAAGAUGGUUUCCUUUACAUGACUUACAGUGGAGAGAAUACCUUCGGGUCUCAUUAAAACCUAAUAAAGAUAUCACCAGUCCAGGUAAAUAGAUGGAUAACGAAGAAAAGCUGUAAAUCCCUCAGAAGUUGUGCUUUGCCCCACUAGCCUAUGACAGCUUCUGUCAAGCUUUGAUUUGGAUCUAUGAAUUUGAAAUUUAAUUUUAUGUGAAUUGAAAAGGUGAAACUAGUUCCAUAAAUAUUUGUUGAUUGCCCUGUGUUUUAAUUUCAUUGAUGAGCUGCUCAUUUUGCAUUAAAAUUUCUGCGCUUUG